CCUCCGUAGCAAUUUUCCCGCCAUUUUUCAACCCCUAAAUUCUUUCUCUCUGUCCGUCUCGAAUCAUUUCUUCUCCAAUUACAUUGCCUUCGUUUCUGCACGCUUGGAGUCUGAGCAGCCAUGGCAGACACUCCGAAGAGGGUCCUGCAGUCCCCCAAGAAAUCCAAGCGUUCCAAUUCCAAGCCACCGCCGCCUCUAACUCCCACAACUCCACAAACCCCGACUCCCCGCCGGUCGGCUCGCCGGGCCUCGCUGCAGGCCGGUUCCGCCACUGCCCAGAAGCUAUUUGAAGACUCGCCGAAGAAAGAUGUGACGCCUCAACAUGAAUUGCGAAAUGAUUCGGGCAAAACACGAAGAAAAGGGGGAAAUGCGGGAACUGCAAAAACCCCAAAAUCUGCUGAGAAGGGCAAGAUGUGGAAGGAUAAAGAGGAGGCUGAUUUGACCGAGGUUGAAAUUUCAAUAUCUCCUGUGACUCCAGGGCAGUCGGAGAUUAAGAAGAGGAAAAGGGAGCAGAAAAGCACGGUGGUUACGCGUUCUAGGGCCUCGAAAAAUGUCAAUUUUGAGGAGAGCAAGAGCGUUAAGUCAGUGCCGAAAAGACGGGUUUAUUAUAAGAAGGUUGUGUAUGAUGGGGGUGAGUUUGAGGUGGGGGAUAACGUGUAUGUGAGGAGGAGAGAGGAUGCGAGUUCGGAUGAGGAUUUGGAUGAAGUGGAGGAAUGUAGGGUUUGCUUUAAGUCUGGGAAGGUUUUGAUGAUUGAGUGUGAUGAUUGCUUAGGUGGGUUUCAUUUGAAAUGCUUGAAACCUCCACUGAAGGAUAUUCCUGAAGGGGAUUGGAUUUGCUGGUUUUGUGAGGCUCGCAAGUUGGGUAAAAAGGUCCAGCUUCCGACACCUCCAGAGGGGAAGAAGCUGGUUAGAACAUUGAGGGAGAAGCUUCUCUCCAGUGAUUUGUGGGCUGCCCACAUUGAAAGCAUAUGGAAAGAAGUAGAUGGAAGCUAUUGGUGUCGGGUACGUUGGUAUAUAAUCCCAGAAGAGACUGCAACUGGAAGACAACCUCAUAAUUUGCGGAGAGAAAUUUAUCGCACAAAUGAUUUUGCUGACAUUGAGAUGGAAUCUAUUCUUCGACAUUGUUUUGUGAUGAAUCCUAAAGAAUAUGCCAAAGCAAGCAAUGAAGGGGAUGAUGUUUUUCUAUGCGAAUAUGAAUAUGAUAUUCAUUGGCACAGCUUCAAGCGUCUUGCUGAAGUUGAUGACGGUGAAGGGGAGGAUGAUGAAGCUGGAAGUGAUGAAGAUUGGAAAGUUGGCAAAGACUUGGACUUUGAUUCAGAAGACAUGGACUAUGACGAGGAAAGCAUAAAAAGUAUACUAGCUAAACCAUUUCGAGCUCAUGAGUUGGCUGCAAAUUCACAGAAGGGGCGGUUCUUUGGACUUCAAAAGAUAGGAAUGAAGAAAAUCCCAGAGCACGUAAGAUGCCACAAGCAGACUGAUCUUGAAAUAGCAAAGGCAGCACUUCUGCUGUCAUCCUUGCCUAAGUCUUUGCCUUGCAGGGAUAAAGAAAUGUUGGAAAUAACUGCAUUUAUCAAAGAUUCUAUCUCUGAUGAUAAGUGUUUGGGACGUUGCCUGUACAUUCAUGGUGUUCCUGGAACUGGCAAAACAAUGAGUGUGCUAGCAGUAAUGAAGAAUCUAAGGUCUGAAGUUGAUGCCGGAAGUAUAAGACCCUACUGUUUUGUGGAGAUAAAUGGUCUAAAGUUGGCAUCACCAGAGAACAUCUACAGGGUUAUAUAUGAAGCGUUAAGUGGGCACAGAGUUGGUUGGAAAAAGGCUCUCCACUUGCUAAAUGAGCGGUUCUCUGAAGGCAAGAAAAUUGGUAAAGAAGAUGACAAGCCUUGUAUUCUUCUCAUUGAUGAACUCGAUCUUCUCCUGACCAGAAACCAGUCGGUUCUAUACAACAUUCUUGACUGGCCUACUAAGCCACACUCAAAGUUAGUUGUAAUAGGCAUAGCAAAUACCAUGGAUCUUCCUGAGAAGUUGCUUCCUCGUAUUUCAAGUCGUAUGGGAAUCCAAAGGCUUUGCUUUGGCCCCUAUAAUUACCAACAGCUUCAAGAAAUAGUUUCUAGCCGCCUUAAAGGAAUUAAUGCAUUUAAACAACAAGCUAUAGAGUUCGCUUCAAGAAAGGUGGCAGCUAUUUCAGGGGAUGCACGUCGUGCACUGGAGAUAUGCAGGCGUGCAGCAGAAAUCACAGAUUAUCGACUAAAGAAACUAGCCUCAACCCCUAAUGAUGCAUCUGAAGGAAAAACCCUUGUUGGUAUGGCAGAGGUUGAAGCAGCCAUCCAAGAAAUGUUCCAGGCACCUCAUAUUCAAGUGAUGAAAACUUGUUCCAAACUGAGUAAAGUAUUUUUGACUGCUAUGGUGUAUGAACUGUAUAAAACAGGAAUGGGAGAAACUACUUUUGAAAAGUUGGCAAUGACAGUCUCAUGUCUCUGUACCAGCAAUGGAGAAGCAUUUCCUGGACAUGACACACUAUUAAGGAUAGGUUGUAAGCUCGGCGAAUGCAGAAUUAUUUUGUGUGAAUCAGGAGCAAAGCACAGGUUGCAGAAGUUGCAGCUCAACUUUCCAAGUGACGAUGUGGCGUUUGCACUCAAAGACAACAAGGAGCUACCUUGGUUGGCCAAGUAUCUCUGAUUUUCAGAUUCAAUCAGUUUCAGAACCUCCACAUUUACAUACAUUCUUGUCAUAAAUUCCUUUCGGGACUGACUAUCGUCUUUUAUUAUUUUUCCUAAACUACAUUUGUUCAAAUUAUUUGAGUGAGACUUGAGAAGUUUAAACAGAAGGAACAUAUUUUUUCGAAA